AUGGCACCAGUUAAGGAGAAGCUUUUGGAAACACUGGGGGAAUUAAGUUUCGGGGAGAUCCAGCAAUUCAAGUGGUUGCUGCAGCAACUUCAAAUGGAAGAUUUCCCUAAGAUCCCGAGAGUCCGAAUGGAGAUGGCAGACAGCGCAGUUGAUAUAGUGGAGUUAAUGGUUGAGAUCUGCGGUCAACAGUCUGUGGAGGUGACCAGGGACGUUUUAAAGGUGAUGAACAGGAUGGAUCUGGUGUGGAGUUUGUCAGACACCAGCUCAGCAAACCAAGGACCUGCAAGAAGUUUGGAGUUUGGAGCUUAUGGAGGCAUUACGGACGAAACAAAGAAACCAGUUAAAGUGAAACUUUUGGAAACACUGGAAGAAUUAAGUUUCAACGAGAUCGAGCAGUUCAAGUGGUUGCUGCAGCACCUUCAAAGAAAAGAUCUCUCAAAAAUCCCAAGAGACCGAAUAGAAAUGGUAGACAGGGUUGACCUAGUGGAGCUGAUGGUGGAGUUCUGCGGUCAACAGUCUGUGGAGGUGACCAGGGAGGUUUUAAAGGAGAUGAACAGGAUGGAUCUGGUGUGGAGUUUGUCAGACAUCAGCUCACCGUCCAAAGGGCCUGCAAGAAGUUUGGAGUUGGGGGCUUAUGGAGGCAUUAUGGAUGAAACAAUUACACCAGUUAAGGAUAAACUUUUGGAAAUACUGGGAGAAUUGAGUUUCGAGGAGAUCGAGCAUUUGAAGUGGUUGCUGAAGCACCUUCAAGUGGAAGAUUGCCCAAUAAUCCCAAGAUACCAGUUAGAAAUGGCUGACAUGGUUGACCUAGUGGAUCUGAUUGUGGAGAUUUGCGGUCAACAGUCUGUGGAGGUGACCAGGGAGAUUUUAAAGGAGAUGAACAGGAUGGAUCUGGUGUGGAGUUUGUCAGACACCAGCUCAGCAUUCAAAGGUCCUUCAAGAAGCUUGGAGUCUGAGGCUGGUGGAGCCAUUAUGGAGUCAAAUGACUGGAUGAAAUUUGAACCUGAAGUGAACAGUACAGAUGCAGAUGAGGAUCCAACUCACAGUCUACUGUGUGAUGCUGGAAAGUUUGAAUGCAGUGUAUCUGGCCUGCGAUGGGUCUGUGACAAAAGAGUCAGCUUUAAGUACCAGUUCUGCUCUUGGGAAGAACACAUGGAGAGAAUGGAAAGCUUACAAUACAUGCCUGCAGGUCCCCUAAUGGACAUCACAGUCACUGCUGGGAAGUUAAAAGAAGUGUACCUGCCUCACUGGAUCUGUACAGAUGACAACCCUGAAAUACUUGAUGAGUUUGCAGUCCUGCACAUAGAUUCCUCUGGAGAUGUUGUUGAAGACGCGUCUGAGGUCACAUCAUCCCACGUCAAGUUAUCUGAACCAAUUUUCUCUCCAAGAGCGGUCCUGAUGAAAGCCGGCUUUCCAGUGAAAAUAAACUGUAAUGUGUUAAUAUACAAGACCAAUACAGCGUUCCUCACACUCCACGUUUAUCUGAUCCCACGUGAUCCUGGACUCGGACAGAUAAUGGACAAGAGGGAAUUAUCCUAUGGAUACGAAGUAAUCCGAAAACCACAUCCAGAGAGGUCCCUGAAACUCCAGGAUCGUUUCAUCCUAACAACAGACUUGGACAAGGCAGAGAUUUAUCCUAAGACACUGAAGCUCAGAUAUGAAAACAGAAACCCAAAUUUCUUCGAAGUGUUUGUUGAAAAUCCAGACAGAAACUUUCAGCUCAAGCUUGCACUAGAAAAUGAGCUUGAACCAGUUUGGAUCUGUGCUAUUCGAAAAGAUGAAUACCAAAGCACUGGUCAACAACAACAACAAGAAGGAAAGGACUUUGUGGAUAAACACUGGUGUAGUCUGAUCGGGAGGGUGAACAAUUUAGGCCCAAUCAUGGAUAAUCUGCGGACAGAGGGUGUAGUCCACCAAGAAAAAUAUGAUCAAAUCAUGGCUCUCCCAACCACGCAGGAGAGGAUGAGAACACUCUUCAGUGGUCCCCUGAAAGCAAGUGGGGAUAAAGGCAAAGACAUCUUCUACAGACUCCUUCAGAAGCAUGAGCCAUAUCUUGUCAAAGAUCUCAAGGGGAAUGAGUUUUAAAGACUGUGCCAUGGUGAAA